CCCCCACUGUCAACUAUGAGUUGCCAUCCCCAGGGGAGAGCAUCACCAAGCAGGUAGACACCCUGGAUGCCACAAAAUCCUCCAGGAGUGGGCAGUCACGCUGCAAAACAUCCAGGAGCAUGAGCCUGACUACGGCCAUGGAGAGCAGCUGUGAGCUGGACCUGGUGUACAUCACGGAGCGGAUCAUUGCCGUCUCCUACCCCAGUGUGGCUGAGGAGCAGAGUUACUGCAGCAACCUCCGUGAAGUGGCGCACAUGCUGAAGUCCAAGCAUGGGAACAACUAUGUGCUUUUCAACCUAUCUGAACGGAGACGUGAUGUCAACAAACUUCACCCCAAGGUGCUGGAUUUUGGGUGGCCUGACAUGCACACCCCAGCGCUGGAGAAGAUUUGCAGCAUUUGCAAAGCCAUGGACACAUGGCUCAAUGCGGCGGCACACAAUGUGGUGGUCCUGCACAACAAGGGGAACCGUGGCCGGCUGGGGGUGGUAGUGGCUGCCUACAUGCACUACAGCAACAUCUCAGCCAGCGCUGACCAGGCUCUGGACAGGUUUGCCAUGAAACGCUUCUAUGAGGACAAGGUGGUGCCAGUGGGACAGCCAUCCCAAAAGAGGUACAUCCAUUACUUCAGUGGGCUCCUCUCUGGCAGCAUCAAGAUGAACAACAAGCCCCUCUUCCUCCACCACGUCAUCAUGCACGGCAUCCCCAACUUUGAGUCGAAAGGCGGUUGUCGUCCCUUCCUGAAAAUCUACCAGGCCAUGCAGCCCGUCUACACCUCGGGGAUCUACAACGUGCAAGGAGACAGCCAGACAGGCAUCUGCAUCACCAUUGAGCCUGGCUUGCUGCUCAAGGGCGAUAUCUUGCUGAAGUGCUACCACAAGAAGUUUCGCAGCCCUACCCGUGAUGUGAUUUUCCGUGUGCAGUUCCACACGUGUGCUGUGCACGACCUUGAUGUUGUCUUUGGCAAGGAGGACCUGGAUGAGGCCUUCAGAGAUGACCGCUUCCCUGAGUAUGGGAAGGUGGAGUUUGUGUUCUCUUAUGGCCCUGAGAAGAUCCAAGGCAUGGAGCACCUGGAGAACGGGCCCAGCGUUUCUGUGGACUACAACACAUCCGACCCACUCAUCCGGUGGGACUCCUAUGAGAACUUCAACAUCCAGCGUGAGGACAGCACGGAGGGGGCCUGGGCUGAGCCACCCCUGCCCAGCAAGCACCUGGAGAAAGAGGUUGGGCACACGCAAGGGCCCCUGGAUGGGAGCCUCUACGCUAAAGUGAAGAAGAAAGACUCCCUCCACGGCAGCACUGGUGCCGUCAACGCUGCCCGUCUCCCGCUCUCGGCAGCGCCCAACCACGUUGAGCACACACUCUCAGUGAGCAGCGACUCAGGCAACUCCACUGCCUCCACCAAGACCGACCGGACGGAUGAGCCGGGGGUGACUGGGGUGCCCCCUGGCCAGGCGGUGCUGAGCCCUGAGGAGAAGCAGGAGCUGGAUCGUCUCCUUGUCGGCUUUGGCUUGGAGAGUGCACCACCCAUGCACAACCACGUGCCCGGCCCCGUGCCAGCACCGAGCUGCAAUGGGGCUGAGAAGCUGCUGAAGGAGGGGCUGUAUGAUGGCGAGCCGCUCUCCAAUGGCGGCUACCCCUACAACAACCAGAACACUCUGAUAGGCCACCACCUCCGUGACCCACUGCCUUCCUUGUGGCCGUCAGCAUCCACUCAAGAGCACCUGACUGGCUACCCACAGCGCCCACCGGGCUCCCACGCCCCGGGCUGGCUCCAGCCCCAACCGCUGCCGAGCUCCCAGCCCUACCUGUAUGGCUAUGACCACCCUGGAACCUACCGCUCCCGGUCCUUCCCAGCGGUAGACACUGCUAAAUAUGAUGUAAACCCAGUGCUGCCCCAGGCCCCAGCUCGCAGUACAAGCAGCCGGGAGGCCGUGCAGAGGGGCUUGAACUCCUGGCAACAACAAGGAGGAAGCCGACCACCUUCCCGGCUGCAGGAGGGCGGCACGGAGAGCCACAGCCCCAGCAUCUCCAGCUGCAGCCCCCAGCCCAGCCCACUGCAGAUGGUACCCCCACACAGCCACAGCAUGCCUGAGUUCCCCCGGGCACCCUCUCGCCGGGAAAUUGAGCAGUCCAUUGAAGCCCUUGAUGUCCUCAUGCUGGAUCUUGCACCUGCCGUCCACAAGUCGCAGAGUGUGCCUGCCACCACCCGUCAGGAUAAGCCAAUGGGACCCUUGCCCUCCUCCCUCUCGACCCAGGCUGUGUCUGGCCUCUACGCCCGGCCAUCUCCGCAGGUGGCCCAGCCGAGGUCCUUUGGCACAUCUGUGAGCCCCGUGGUCUGUGAGCCUGGGGGCAAAGCCUAUUCUCCUGGAGAGAUGGACUGUGGGGUGCAUGAGUAUCGGGAAACCUAUUUGCCUUACAACUACCAGCUAGCACCACUGCCGGAUCCGAGGAGCUACAGCCAUUCUCCGGCAGGAGCACAGAUGGGCACUCUCCCAUCAGUCAGCACCUCCUACAGUCCUGUGGGGUCUCAACAGCUCCUCACCUCCUCCCCGCCUUCCCCCACCAUCCCAGCGCAAAUCCAGAUGCCCCUCAAGGGACCGGAGAGCUAUGAAGACCUGUCGAGGUCGGCAGAAGAGCCCUUGAAUCUGGAGGGCCUGGUGGCCCACAGGGUGGCAGAGUACAACGCCAAGCUCAGGGAACUCAACAAGAGCAUCAAAGUCCCCCGUCCUCCUCUGAACCAGCAACGGUCCUUCUCCGGGGUGCAGUCCCGGGAGAAGUCUCCUCCUGCAGAGGAGAGCGCUGUCCCUGCCCGCAAGCGGACCCCCAGUGACAGCCACUAUGAGAAGAGCUCGCCAGAGCCCAGCUCACCUCGCAGCCCCACUGUCCUCUCACCUGAGGUGGUCAGCACCAUCGCAGCCAACCCUGGAGGGAGGCCCAAAGAGCCUCACCUUCACAGCUACAAGGAAGCCUUUGAAGAGAUGGAGGGUGCCUCUCCCACCAGCCCACCCUCCAGCGGCGUGCGUUCGCCCCCUGGCCUGGCCAAGACCCCACUCUCAGCACUGGGGCUGAAACCCCACAACCCAGCUGAGAUCUUGCUGCAUCCAGUGGGAGAGCUAGAAGGGGAAGCGGGCGGUGACUCUGAAGAAGAGCCCAGGAGCUAUGUCGAGUCGGUGGCCCGCACAGCCACGACGGGCAGGGGAGGGACCCUGCCAGCUGCCCAGCCUGGGGGCUCGGAGGUGCCCACCAGGAAUGGCACCUUGUCCAACUCCUUCAUUGCCCCCAGCCCUGUCUCCACCAGCAGCCCCAUUCACAGCGUGGACGGGGCCUCCCUCCGCAGCUACCCGUCAGAGGGCAGCCCCCACGGCACGGUUACACCUCCCCACACCUCGGCUGAGCCUGCGUAUCAGUCGCCUGUUGGCUCGCAGAUGCCCUCUGCUCACAGCAGCUAUCAAAACUCGUCUCCAUCUUCCUUUGCAAUGGUCCAAGGGGGGGUCCCAGGCUCGACAUACAGCAGCCCCGACUACCCCGAUGGCCGAGCCGGCAUCCAGCUGGAACCCCAAGCUCGGCCGCAGCCACAGGUUAACGUGGUGGGGGUCCAUGCCCUGCCAGGGAGCCCCCGCACCUUGCACCGGACAGUGGCUACAAAUACACCACCCAGCCCUGGCUUUGGGCGAAGAGCCAUCAACCCCAGCGUGAGCGGAGCUCCUGGCAGCCCUGGGCUGGGCAGACAUGCUGUUGCGGCCCAUGGCAACCUGGUGGCCCCACUGGGGAGCCCCAGCCUGGCCAGGCAUCAAAUUGCAGCAGCCACCUCCCCUGGCAGCCCCCUGUAUGGCUACUCCAGCCCAGAGGAGAGGCACCUGACGUUGUCUCGGCAGAGCAGCUCCUCCGGCUACCAGCCUCCCUCCACGCCGUCCUUCCCUGUCUCACCGGCGUACUACCCUGGCACGAGCACACCGCACUCCUCCUCCCCGGACUCGGCUGCCUACCGCCAGGGCAGCCCCACAUUGCAGCCUGCGCUGCCUGAGAAGCGGAGGAUGUCAGCCGGGGACCGCUCCAACAGCCUCCCCAACUAUGCCACUGUCAAUGGCAAGGUGUCCUCACCCCUCUCCAGUGGCAUGUCCAGCCCCAGUGGUGGGAGUGCCGUCGCCUUCUCCCACACUCUGCCGGACUUCUCCAAGUUCUCCAUGCCAGACAACAGCCCUGAGACUCGUGCCAAUGUCAAGUUUGUGCAGGACACUUCCAAGUACUGGUACAAACCAGACAUCUCCAGGGAGCAGGCCAUUGCACUGCUGAAGGACAGGGAGCCUGGGGCUUUCAUCAUCCGAGACAGCCACUCUUUCCGGGGAGCCUACGGCCUCGCCAUGAAAGUAGCUUCUCCACCUCCCACGGUCAUGCAGCAGAACAAGAAAGGAGACAUGACUAACGAGCUGGUGAGGCACUUCCUCAUCGAGACUAGCCCCCGGGGUGUGAAACUAAAAGGAUGUCCCAACGAGCCUAAUUUUGGCUGUCUCUCGGCUCUGGUGUACCAGCACUCCAUCAUGCCCUUGGCUCUGCCCUGCAAACUGGUCAUUCCUGACCGAGAUCCCAUGGAGGAAAAGAAAGACUCUGCAUCAGCCACCAACUCGGCCACGGACCUCCUCAAGCAGGGUGCAGCCUGCAAUGUCCUCUUCAUCAAUUCAGUGGAGAUGGAGUCACUGACAGGCCCCCAGGCCAUCUCGAAGGCUGUUGCUGAGACACUGGUGGCUGACCCCACACCCACUGCUACCAUUGUUCACUUCAAAGUCUCUGCACAAGGCAUCACCUUAACGGACAACCAGAGAAAACUGUUCUUCCGACGACACUACCCCCUCAACACCGUCACCUUCUGCGACUUGGACCCCCAGGAAAGAAAGUGGACUAAAACUGAUGGCAGUGGCCCAGCCAAGCUCUUUGGCUUUGUGGCCAGGAAGCAAGGGAGCACCACAGACAACGUCUGCCAUCUCUUUGCUGAGCUGGACCCAGACCAGCCAGCUGCAGCCAUUGUCAACUUUGUCUCCAGGGUCAUGCUUGGCUCUGGCCAGAAGAGAUGAGGUGGUGCUUGCGGGUGAUUCUUGAAUUUUGGAGAAGGACUUGGAGCUGAUCCGAGAAGGAGUGUGAGGAAGUGCAUUGUGGGAGAGGGAAGUGAAUUGGGGGGGGAAAAGGGUUGGAAUUUUGGAGGAAAACGGCAAACAACAAAAAAACCCCAACGAAACCCCUAAAAACUCAACACAAGCCAAACACACAUGUAGAAGAACAAAACCACGCGCCUACAUAAGAGAGCCACAAAGUCACGCCAGACAGGAUGCAUGUGCCAUCACGGGGAAGGUGACCAAAGCAAAGGCAGCAGUGAGAGGUGUGUUUCCAGCUUUCAGCAUCAUGGCCUGACUGGUGACAUCCAUUUGGGACUGAAUGCGGGACCAGGACUGGUGUCUUCCAUCUGGAAAAAAAAGAGCCAACUGGCAAAACUGUGGAAGAAGCUCUAUCCCAGCAUCUCCAUCAGCAGAUGUCUGCUGUAUGUUUGUAAUGACCCAUAGGAGAUAACGAUGUGGGCUGGGUCUAUGGGACACCAGAGGAGAUGCUCUCAGAAAUCUUCACUUGUCCAGCUGCAGAGGAGAGUCCUCACCAGUCCCUGUGCUUCCCCCAAAACCUGCUCACUACCUGGCAACUUGCUGGGGACAUGGGGGAACUUGGUCCUGAUCCUUCCUAUCCCUGGGGAGCUCUGCCAUGGGCUGACCUGGAGCCCAGCACCAGUCACAGGUGAGACGCUGUGAGUCCACCCAGAGAGGCAGGUCAUGGUGUUUCCCCACCUUUGCAGGGGUGGUUGUGCCCUCCAGCCUGCAAGGAGAUGUGGGGGCUCCUGCUGCCCUCCACCUGGGGAAGGCAGAUACUCCCCGGGAACCUGAAGGAUGCAGAAAGUCGCCUCCUCUCCCAUCUUCCCCUUUUCCCUCCCCUCACUAGUCCUCUUUGGCAGUUUUCUUCUGCAGCCUGUCACAUUCUCUUAACACAAAAAAGCAAAACAGAAAGGAAAGUAAUACAAUGUAAUAAUAAUAAUAAUAAUUAUAAUAAUAGCGGAUGCUGGCACAGGUGGGUUCCCUGUGUGAAGCAGCAGACCCGUGGCUACCCCUGUCUAUCUCUUCAGAGACACGCAAGCGGUUUUUAAAUUGCAUGGACAUUCAAGUUGCACGAAAGGCGAAUGACUGCAAGUAACUCAGGCGCUUUUUUCUCCUUUUGUUUUGGAGGCCACGUUAAAAAAAGAAAAGGAAGGAAGAAAAUUAAAAGAAAAAAAAGAAACAAAGGAAAGGAUCUGCAGUGGCUGGGCAACUUUGGCUCAGUGGGGAGGUAGCAGGUCCUCUGAGAGCCACCCUGGUUGACACAUGCAUACCCCCAAAGCCUUCUGGCUUGAGGCUUGCGACCCUCAAAUGCACCAUAGUUUUGCAGUGACUUCAGUGCCGUCAGCUUUUCCCUUUUCUUUGGGAGGUGAGGAGGGCAAGCCAGGAGGUGAGAGGGGUGAAGGGCCUCCAUGCUGCUGCAGGGAGAGAGAUCAUGGUUGGGGGGCAGCAGGUGGAGGUCCCAGCCCCGUGGUGCUGGGGAGAGGGCAGAGGAUGCUUCAGUCACAUGUGCAGGUUUGGGGCAGGGACAAUGAUCUGGCUGGAGCUGUGGGGUCAUUGCUUGGCCCUCUGCUGCAAAUAUUCCCCCCAAGAGCUUUCUGGGAGAAGUUUUCAAUGCAAAGUGGCCCAGAUAGUCUACUGGGGACAAAAAUUAGAAACAUAGCACUGCAGUCCCUCGGAGAGCUUAUCUCCCUUGGACCGCCCUUGCCUUGAUAGCUAUAAUAUAUAUACGAGCUAUACUGACAAAAUACUGUAAGCUAAUGAAAUUCUAAGGAGGAAAAGUUAAAUUUACACUCUGAAAAUAUUUAUUUUUGCCAUAUUGCUUUCUGCGCAUCAUAUCUCCCCCAUUAUAUCUCCCCCUUCCCCUGCCCUGGGGAAACACCUGCACGUUAAAAGAAAAUCCAGAGCAAGAUAAAAUACAGAUGGGGGAAGAGACAGGGGCCCCCUGUGUCAGGGUGGUGUGUGUGAGUGAUGUGUGUGUGUGUGUGUGUGUGUGUGUGUGUGUGUGUGCAUGCAUGGGGGAGUGAGCGGUGUGGGCGGCCAGAGAGGGCUGCCAGGGCCGGAGGCUGUGCUGAUGUACUGAAGCGAGUGUGAAAGGAUGGGUAGCAAGGAGUUGGUUGUGAGAUGGUGGUGGGACAAGGGACUCUGGGGGGGGUUUCCCCCCGCCCAGCUCCCUGGCCACACAGAUGCUGAGACCUUUUAAUUUUUGAUAUUUCCAAAAAGCGAUUCCCUCCUUCUGCGAAAUUCAAGCGAGACAAGAGACAAUCUCACCCGUGAUCUCUUCACCCUGACGUUCACCCAUCAGAGAAAACACUGUGUUUAUAGAUAUAUAAAGAUAUAUUUUUGAAAACCUCUAUUUUUCAGACUUGGUUUCUCACUGCUAAGAAAAGAGAUGAUAAUAAUGUAAUUUUAUUUUAAUCUGCUGCCUUGGAAACCGGUGCUUGAAACUCCCAUUCCUCUUUUUCUCCCCGUACAAACGAAACAGAUCUAAGCACCCCAGAGAUGUUGUGUAGAAGCCGACCCCAGCAGAUACCUGCCAAUAGCAUCAUGCCUGCUUCGGGCCCCGAGCCACUCACGGCUUCCCCACUAACCCACUAGCUGAAGAUUUAGACCGUAGCCAAAUCUCAAACACUAACAAAAUUAUCUGAUGAUUAUAUUAUUUUUUUAACACACAGCUAAUCACCUUCCAAUGAUGUAGCCGGGUGUUUAUCAGCUCCCUUUAAAGGCACUUUUUUUUUCCUUUUAGCUCCUUUUUUAAGUUACGUUUUUAGGUGUAACUACCCUUUCUGUACCCAGGAGAGACUGUCAGUGGCAUUGAGGAUUGCCCAGAUCCUGGGGCUGGUGGGGACCUAGUGUUGACAUUUUUUCCUUACAAAAGGGACAGAAAAUAAUCUGUUCUUUUUUCUUUGGUUUUUUUUUAAGCGCAGUCAUGCUAUUUGAGAUUCGAGCUUGCGCGAGUUAAGCCCAGCAUAUGUUUUGUUGUAAUCACACUGCCGUUGUCAGCAGCCGGAUGGUAUCUCUCUCUCGCUCACACACACACACACAAACACACCCCUCCUUCCUGCACAAAGAACUGCAUAUAUUCUUGCCAAAGAUAUCCUUAAAAACGCACUUUCCCCCACAUAUAUAUAUUAUUUUUUUUGUGUGUGUGUAAGUUUAUUGUACGUGCCCUUUUUGUGUCAGUUUGUUCUUCAGAGAAGCCCCUUCCCACCCGUCCUCCCUUUGCUGUUGAUAUUGCUGUCUAUUGGGAAAUGCUCCCUGGGGCGGUAAUUUGCUGUCUGUGCCACAGAGUGGCACCUGCAAUACAUGAAAUGUGGGGCUCCCAUUCGAUGGGCUGUGUCUGGCUCUGCCCCCGGGAGCUGUUUUGGGAGAUGAUCCAUGUCGUUAUCUGCUGAUGGGAUGUACCCAUCGCAUGGUCUUUACCAGCCCCUCAUUGCUGGUGGAGAUGGGGGGGGCUCAUGGUUUUGAGUAAAGUUUGGGGUUGCUCUGGAUGCAACAUUUGCUGCCUGCCUCCUGGUCAAAUCACACAUGGAAAACAAACUAGGUAGGGAGAAAAACCCAACCUAGCCUCCAGGCAUUGAUUUUCCAGCGAGUUCAACUGCCUGAACCGAAGUGUAAAGUAAAUCCCCACCCAGCAGGUCGGGCAGGUAAAGAAACCAGCUGCCCCAAAAAACCCAGACAACAGCAUCAACAAAAGGCAACCAUUCCCGUUGGAGCAGGCAGGAGGAUCAGACAGCAAAGGAGCCCGCAGGGGCUUGUUUCAUUUCGUUCGUUUGUUUUGCAAAUUGCGAGGUUGGUUUGGGGUUACUAAUUUUUUUUUCUUUUCCUUAAAAAGGAAAAAAAAAAAAAGAAAGGAAGCAAUAUGACAUUUCUGUUGGCGGAUCCUGUGCCAUCGUGUUAUGCGUGUUUUUUUUUUUUUGUCAUUGUUGUCUUUGUUACUUUGGAAAUGUUACAGAUUUAUUUGCUAAUCAGUGUUAACAAACAGUUUCAAACUUUUAGACUCGCCCAUUUCUGUGUAUUUAUAUAGAUGGAAAAAAAAUACAUUAUAUUUUGUAUCUUUAUGCCCAUAAUGUUGUCGUGCGUGUAAGGAUGACUUCGGUCGCACCAUGUCUGUGUGUGAAUGUCACUCCUCUGUUGUCUUCCCAUUGUACAGAUGUUGGAUUCUUUGCAGUUCAUUGUAUGGCUUUAUAAAGUGGUAAAAACAAAGAAAAAAAACCCCAAAACCCAGUUAUAUAAAAUAUACUGUUGCUUGGAAUGCCAGCUUGGUGUCUGGAUUGCUGGAACUGUACCUUGAAAUUUAAGGGAGCGUAGGAAUAAAUGUUCUGUUCUUUUUGCACAGGGAAAAAAA